AUGGGAGGCUCAACGUGGCCUGACAGGCAGCCUGAGGCUGUCAGGUAUGGUCAUCUUUCCCCGCUUCCCAUCGCUCUCCAGCCAUUCCAGCCGCGCCUGGCAACGAUUCCUGGUUCCCCGAUCCCCCCCUACCCACCAUCCGGUUGUACGGACUACGGAGCACACACGGUCGCCAACGGCUGUUCCGCACGUGGAAGAAUGGCUACCCCGGAUGUCGCCCCUCACUUUGGGGCGGAGUUGAAGGUGUCGAAUGGUAUCGGAUGGCUGGACGAGAUACAACAGUUUUACCGCGAGCGCAGCGCAAUCGAGAAGGAGUAUGCGGCAAAGUUAACGGCACUAUGCAAGAAGUACUACGACCGCAAGGCCAAGAAAAUCAGCAGUUUGAGUGUCGGAGACACCCCUAGCAUGACCCCGGGCUCCCUUGAAAGUGCCUCCCUCACCACGUGGUCGACGCAAUUGAGCGCCGUGGAAGCGCAUGCCACUGAGCGGGAUCAUUUCGGUAACGACCUGCUCGUCCACGUCGCAGAGCCGCUCAAACAAGCUGCGACCCAGUACGAGGAGCUCAGGAAGUGUCAUGUGGAUUUCCACGCCAAACUGGAAAAGGAGAGGGACUCCUCGUAUAGUGACCUGAAGAAGGCCAAGGGUAAAUAUGAUGGCGCGUGCCAGGAAGUUGAGGCAAGACGGAAGAAGAUGGAAUCCUCGUUCGACCACAGCAAGCCCAAGGCCCAGGCGGCCUAUCAGCAACAGAUAUUGGAGAUGAACAACGUUAAGAACACAUAUCUCAUUAGCAUCAACGUGACGAACAAGAUGAAAGAGCGAUUUUACCACGAAUAUGUGCCGGAGCUACUUGAUGGCCUGCAAGACCUCAACGAAACGCGUAUAACGAAGCUGAACUCACUCUGGACAAUGGCCGCACAACUCGAGAAGAAUUACCUCUCCAAGAGUAUGGACCACAUGGCAAACCUCAUCAACGAGAUUCCGCGCAACGUUCCACACCUGGACUCGCUGAUGUUCCUGCGCCACAAUGUCACACAAUCACAGGAGCCGGCCAACCUGGCCUUCGAGCCGAGCCCGAUCUGGCACGACGACGACGCUCUCAUCACCGACGAGGCGGCCAAGGUCUUCCUGCGCAACCUCCUCAGCAAGAGCAAGACACAGGUGCGGGAACUAAGGGUCGAGGCCGAUUCCAAGCGACGCGAGGUGGAAAACGCCAGGCGGGUCCGGGAAAACAUCCGGCAGGGCACGGACAAGCGCAACGAGGUGGAAGUUGUCCGAGCUAUAUUCUUCCAACAGGAAUCCCUGCAUGAAGUUGACCGCAGGCGCCUGACGGCCGAGGUGGAAACCUCUACCAUCAUGUCGGCGGUGGGCGAUCUUUCGCUCGGAGCGCGCAACCACAAUUUCAAGUCGCAGACGUUCAAGAUCCCGACCAACUGCGACCUGUGCGGGGAGAGGAUAUGGGGAUUGUCCGCCAAGGGCUUCGACUGCCGCGACUGCGGAUACACCUGUCACAGUAAAUGUGAAAUGAAGGUCCCAGCCGAGUGCCCGGGCGAGCAGACCAAGGAAGAAAAGAAGAAGCUGAAGGCGGAGCGACAAGAACAAGCCAACACCGCGCCAGCGCCACUUGAUCUCGAGCCAACUACGAGCUCAUCCACGGCGCCAUCGCUUACCCGCAAAGACACGAUGAACUCGUUGAGCUCAGGCUACGCGGUUAGCGCCAACCGAUCUAUGUCGAAUGCCACACAGUCUCCUACCACGACCGCCGCCGAGCUUCCCACACCCGUGGCGGAGACCAAACCCGCCCCAGCACGGAAGAACCGCAUUCUUGCACCGCCGCCGGCACAGUACAUCAGCGGUCCGCCGGCCAACGACUCGACGCCGGCGCUAAGCUCCAAGGCCAACGAGCAGCACGGCAAGAUGCUCUACGCAUACCAAGCCGGCGGGGCUGACGAGGUCACUGUUCAAGAGGGAGAUGAUAUAGUCAUUCUAGAGCCAGACGAUGGAUCCGGCUGGAUGCGCGUCCGGUUCGGCAGCGAGGAAGGGCUCGUGCCUGCUUCGUAUGUGGAAGCUGGUCCCGCACCUUCGCCGGUGCCGUCCGCCAGCCCCGGCUUUACGGCUGACCGGCCGGGCUCGACGUACUCGAACUCGUCGGCCUCGUUGACGGGCGGCGGUGGCGCCGGGGGCAACAAACGGGUCGGACCAGCCGUGGCACCGCGCCGGGGCGCCAAGAAACUCCAGUAUGUGGAAGCGCUGUAUGACUACGAGGCGCGCAGCGACAUGGAAUGGAGCAUGGUGGAGGGCGACCGGUUUGUGCUGGUGAAUCGGGAUGGCGGAGAUGGAUGGGCGGAUGUUGAGCGGGGUGGCGUGACGAAGAGCGUACCGGCGAACUAUAUUCAGGAGGUGUGA